CUAGCUGGUGAAACCUUACAGAGCAAAUCAAUGUCCCUCUUAAAUUAUACUGUAUGUAUGCACUGAAAACCCCUGUGUCUCAGCAAACAAACAUACAAUUUUUAAAGAGAAUGUUCACCCAAAACUGAAAAUUCUGUCAUCAAGUCAAACCUGUAUGAUUCUGUAUGAGAUUUUUUAUUUUUUUAACACCUAAAGGUCACAAAGUGAGGCAAACUUUCAGCCUAUUCAUUGUCAAAAAGAGAAAAAUCUAUGGCAUGAUCAAUUAUUUAAAAAGACUAUCAGUUUCGUCAUGGUUGGUUUUCUCGGUAACCAUGGCAAGGCCACAUGCAUUAUUAACAUGUACAGGAACACUGGUGGUGAAGCUGACGGUAACUCACAGAUCAGCCUCUUUCCGGGUCUGUUUACUGUGCCUGGACUCCGGGGGAAAUCAUGGAGCAAUACGGGCGCUAAUUAUUUCCAUCCACCCAUGAAUCCGAGGGAUUAAAAUGACUUUUUCUUUUUGGACCAUGUAAGUCGACGCAAUGGAGGAGGCUUUGAUGACACCGGAGGAUGGAAAGAGGCAGAAGAGGGUGAGAUUCCGGGUGGCCUCGGGGAACAGCGGGCGGGUUUUGAAAGAGAUGUUUAAGGAUGAAGGGCCAUCGGAUUCACUGGAUUCAGACUGCACCAGCAGCUCCGAGGCAGACCGGGCCAGCACUCCAUCCACCAGCGGGGAGGCGAACGGCCACUUGUGUGGGUGCUUGGGGUCGGAGCUGGAUGACAGUGGAAGUGAGCCUGAUGACUUGCUGAUGUUUGCAGGGGGAAGAGACAAAGUGUUGAGUACCAAACGAGUGAAUAUCCUCAGUAAAAACGGGACAGUUCGAGGAGUCAAGCACAAAGUCAGUGCUGGCCAAAUACUCUUUGAUAACUUGGCUAAAAACAAUGGGCCAGAACUGACUCUAGAGUUUGGGCGAAUUGUAAUCUACACCACCAGUUUUCGAGUGGUCAGGACUACAUUCGAGCGAUGCGAGCUGGUCCGAAAGAUCUUUCAGAACCACCGGGUGAAGUUCAUAGAGAAGAACAUCGCUUUAGACAGUGAAUAUGGAAAGGAACUGGAGACACGCUGCAAACGAGUGGGUGAACCUCCCUCACUGCCUGUGGUCUUCAUUGACGGACACUAUCUAGGGGGUGCAGAGAAAAUACUUGCAAUGAAUGAAUUAGGGGAGCUUCAGGAUCUCCUCACCAAAAUUGAGAGGGUUCAGCACCCCGACACAUGCCAGACGUGUGGGGGAUUUGCCUUUGUCCCGUGCCCUAUGUGCCAUGGCAGCAAAAUGUCUGUGUUUCGCAACUGCUUCACCGACUCCUUCAAAGCUCUGAAGUGCACAGCGUGCAACGAGAACGGUCUCCAGCCCUGCUCCAGCUGUUCUCACUAA